GGAAGAGGGAGGAGGAGGCUUCUCCUGAUAUUUUCUGUCACACGAGCGGUGAUGUUGUUCCUAACACUAGACUAGCCGGUUAACGAGAGAGAAACUCCUGCCCUGCAGGCAUCGUCGUCCCCCCAACGCCUAGCAGGCAGCGCCAGCUGAAGCCAAGUUUUGAAAAGAGAGGUCUCUCCCCUUUCUUUCCCCAAGAGCGAAGUGCCUCUCCAGGUCGCCAGUCGAAGGAUGCCGGUUACUGACACUUGCAGUCCCGUUUUGCGCCAUGCACGGGCUCUGGGUGCCUGAAGACAGAGUCGAGAGUUGGGCGAGGUCCUUCCCUUUCCCAACGUCAGUGUGUCGCACCUAAGCCAACAGAUCCGGCUCGAUUCCCAAAUGGGUAGGUGGCCUGGCCGGUGGUUUUCUGCCAUCAGCCCCCUACCUUUAGUUAGUGUGUUUCUCUCUCUAUCUCCAAGAGAGGGAUUAAUUAACCGGGCUGGAGCUGAAGGAGGCUGCCGUGACGAGCCCAGUGGCGAUUGGCCGCCCGCCCGCCUGGCCCUGCCUUUAUAAUUUCCACACGAGUGCAUCUGGGCUCUUAUACAAACCAACAGCCAGCUUCUUCUGACAUAUACACACACUGAGACAGAGAGAGAGAGAGACCCAGCACUUUCCCCACCGUCUAACAACCUUGCACAUACAGUGGCUACUCCAGGAGAAACAUAAAUAAAUACAUACCCAGAGGUGUUAUUAUUUUGACUACUGGGAGCCGUGCUGUAUCUGGGUUCAAACUUUGAUUAAAACAAAGCAAAACAAAACCCUACAGAUCUCAAUGCUUCUUACCGCUCACUGAAGGAUUCUUUAAAAAAAAAAUCAGUGGUGGGGCUUUUUUUUUUUUUGGUGUUUUUUUUUUUUUUGUUAAGACCCACAGAUCUCAUCCAGCAGCCUGAAAGAAGAGAACGCAUCUGAGGAGGAGCGGAGCAGCGGCAGCGGCGGCAGCAGUCCAGAGCCUUUCCCAAGCCUCUGGUUACGUUUUCGAGUGUAAAGCAGCCUGUUUCUCCUCUGAAGUUGGCUCCAGCCUUAGCAGCCGCAUUGGAUCCCACAGCCUACUGCGAGACUCCGGUCUACAAUCCGGAUCUCUGCCCUAACAUGAUCGCGGCCCAGGCCAAGCUGGUGUACCAUCUGAAUAAAUACUACAACGAGAAAUGCCAAGCCAGGAAAGCGGCCAUCGCGAAAACUAUCCGAGAAGUCUGCAAAGUGGUGUCGGACGUGCUCAAGGAAGUGGAGGUGCAGGAGCCGCGUUUCAUCAGCUCUCUGAACGAGAUGGACAACCGCUACGAGGGCCUGGAGGUCAUCUCGCCCACCGAGUUCGAGGUGGUCCUUUAUCUGAACCAGAUGGGCGUCUUCAACUUCGUGGACGACGGCUCUUUGCCCGGCUGCGCGGUGCUCAAGUUGAGCGACGGGCGCAAGAGGAGCAUGUCCCUCUGGGUGGAGUUCAUCACGGCCUCGGGCUACCUCUCGGCCCGCAAAAUCCGAUCGCGGUUUCAGACUCUGGUGGCCCAAGCCGUGGACAAAUGCAGCUACCGAGAUGUGGUGAAAAUGGUGGCGGACACCAGCGAGGUGAAACUGCGCAUCCGGGACAGAUACGUGGUGCAGAUCACGCCGGCGUUUAAGUGCACCGGGAUCUGGCCCAGGAGCGCUGCCCACUGGCCCCUGCCCCACAUCCCCUGGCCGGGACCCAACCGCGUCGCCGAGGUCAAAGCCGAAGGCUUCAACCUCCUGUCGAAGGAGUGCCAUUCGCUGGCGGGCAAGCAGAGCUCGGCCGAGAGCGACGCCUGGGUCUUGCAGUUCGCCGAAGCCGAGAACAGGCUGCAGAUGGGCGGCUGCCGAAAGAAGUGCCUCUCGAUCCUCAAGACGUUGCGGGACCGCCACCUGGAGCUACCUGGGCAACCCCUCAACAAUUACCACAUGAAGACUCUGGUUUCGUACGAGUGUGAGAAGCAUCCCCGGGAGUCGGACUGGGACGAGUCUUGCCUGGGCGACCGCCUCAACGGGAUUUUGCUGCAGCUCAUCUCCUGCCUGCAGUGCAGGCGAUGUCCGCAUUACUUCUUGCCCAAUUUAGACCUCUUCCAGGGCAAACCUCAUUCGGCCCUAGAAAAUGCGGCCAAACAAACGUGGCGGCUGGCGAGGGAAAUACUCACCAACCCCAAAAGUUUGGAAAAACUUUAGAAGGCGAUGAACGGGCGGUCUUAAAACUAUUCAACUCUCCUGCUCCGAGGAUUCUGUUGAGAAAGUCAAGUAUCGUCACCCGGCAAUGGAAACAGCGUCCCACGUUCAAGAAAGAGGCCGUCCACGCACACAGACACACGCACACGCACACAAAACCAACAGCAAGUAUUAUGACUCUUGUCUGUAUCACAAUCUGAACAUCCUGUCUGAAAAAGUGUAUGAUUAUCACCUGGGGAAAUGCAAUAUCGGCUGUAAUUUAGCCUGAUUGUGACCACUCUGCCUAGAAACCAGACCAAUGGAUUAUAACAAGGCCGGUAUUUUUUAUGUAAACUUCUCUGUGCGUAAAAGCUGAUCUGGAUUUGCCAUCUGAACAAACAAACCCACAACUGUUUCCCCCAUGUACAUUUUUAAUUUGUUUGGAAUAUUGUGAUCUCACAUUGUCUUUGAAAUUGUGGAUGUUAGUGUUUUGUGAUUUGGUGAACAGAAGUUAAAUGCCAUUUUGGAUACUUCAAGACAUUUUCUGCUCAAGAAGAUACCAUUUAAAAAGGCCUACAUGACGUUUUCCCACCCCUCGAAAAUGGGCCUUCCUUCGUCUCCAAAUACAAGUCCGGUUGUGCCAUAUCAACCGCACCCCUCAAAAAAGCACCCCAGGUACUGAACUAUUGUGCUUAACUCCGCUCAAGAGAAAGCCCCCUGCAGUGCGGUGCCCGAGGAAGAAGGCUGGAGUGUGGGCCCGCCAUUACCUCGAGGGAUUUCAGAGCAAUUGGCUUAACUGCUAAAUCUGCCCACGUUCAUACAAAGGCCUUCAAGGCGGGGGGGGGGGAGAUUGUUACAAACCGAACGCUGGAGUAAUAGCGGAUUUCACAUCAUUAACGCGCUGGGCUUUUUAAUAAAAUAGCAACUGCUCAGAGCAAAGGGGAGGAGCGGGGGAGGGUCGCUCAGGGGGUUUCCAGACAGUUCCUAACAUCCCACCAUUCCCUGUUAAAGUAACCUCCCCCC